GUGUAAAAAGAGAGACCAACGGAGGCUCCUCCUCGUUCGCCGUGUGUGUUUUCUUGUGUUUUUCUCAUUCGGCUUCUCACUCUCACUCUCUCGCUCAGCAGAGGCUCAGAGAUGGAGAGGAAGCAGGGAGAGGUGGACCACCUGGAGCGCCCGAGCCCACUGACUGACAAGGAGAGGGUGAUGAUCCAGGAUUCGUGGGCGAAAGUCUACCAGAACUGUGAGGAGGCCGGGGUUGCCAUACUGGUCAGGCUGUUUGUGAACUUCCCAUCAUCCAAGCUGUAUUUCAGUCAGUUCAAGGACAUUGAGGACACAGAAGAGCUGGUGCACAGUUCCCAGCUCAGGAAACAUGCCCAAAGAGUCAUGAACGCCAUCAACACAUUGGUGGGGAACAUUGAUAACUCAGAAAAGGUGGCCUCAGUGUUGAAGCUGAUUGGCAAAGCCCACGCACUCAAGCACAAGGUGGAUCCAGUAUACUUCAAGAUCCUGAGCGGCGUGAUUCUGGAAGUCCUGGGAGAAGAGUAUCCAGAGGUUAUGACACCAGAGGUGGGCUCAGCGUGGACCAAACUCUUUGCCACGGUCUGCGCUGGCAUCAAAGCCGUCUACGAGGAAGUGGGCUGGACACAACAAUCAAGCUCCACCGGCUGAAACCUUCACAUCAGAACACCUCCAACGGGGAUCCUAUUAUGGCUUUGCAGCGUUAUGCAACAGCAAACAGAUGACUGUAAUAUGAUAAUGCAGUUUGUUGUUAUCUAUGAUAAUCAUGGACAAUGUAAAGUAGAUAUAUGAACAAAUAUAGGAACACGUACUGUGCUCUUUUUAUA